AUGGCAGACGCGAUCGAGAUCGAAGAGAUGAUGUUAGAGGACAGAGACAUCGCAGUCGUUCUCGAAGUCCCGACGAGAAGACGCAGAAGUCGAGAACGAGAUUACCGUGAUAGGCGAGACGACUCUUAUGAUGAUAGGGCUCGAAGACGCCGCGAGGAUUCUACUGACUCAUGGUCUCGUAGCAGAGGAGACGAAAAUCGCGGACAGACACCCAGAUCAGAUAGUGGCGCAAAAGUUCAUGAUGCUCCAAAAGCAUCAGCACCCGCUGCGCAAACCGAGGAACAAAAGAAAGCAGAACGUCUAGCAAAAUUAGAAGCGUGGAAGAAGAAGAUGGCCGAAGAUAAAGAGCGUAAGGAGAAAGAGCUGGCUGCGGGUGGGACUCGGAAAUUACUCGAUGAUAUAGAUCAAAAGGCCAAUGGUUCCUCUUCCCAACCCUCACCCAACACUCCUACAACUCCUUCAACUUCUGCGAUAUCAGGCGAUCUCGCACCAACAAAUUAUGCUGGGAAAUUUGAUCCAAAGGCGAUAGCUAAAAAGGCAGUGGCUAGCUCGAGCAGUGCGCAUGCUCUUGGAAGGGAUUUACCAUUAAAGGAAUUGUCUAAAACGUCCGCCACCUUAACUUCUACGGUCAAAGGAUUACAAGCUGACAAAAAGCCAACAGCUUUCAACAGCACCUCGAAAGUAUCUGCGUUACCUAAAACGAGAGGGAACCUUAGUGUUUUCGGGCUCGGCGCGAAGGUUACCGACAAUGAAAAGACAUACCAGAAACGUGCUCUAGAUUUCGAUGAAGAUGAAGGAUCAAGAAAGAAACUAGAAAAGCUACCAACCCUACCAAUGGCAAACUCCAAGGAAGAUGAUGCUGCGCUCGCUAACGGUAUUGAGGGACAAGAUGAUGACGAUGAUGCUGAACUGGAAGCUGCCGGCACGGAAGAAGAGGCCGCAGCUGCAGCCAGAGCAGCCGCAGAGAAGCGCGAAGAAAGGUUGCAAGAAGCUGAAUCUCAACCACACACAAAUGGCGAUGUCCACAUGGAAGAUGCUCCUCAAGCUGAUUCGACUGCCAUGGAUGAAGAUGAAGAAAUCGACCCACUGGAUGCUUUUAUGGAAGAAAUGGGAGACCCUUUCUCCUUACCGAAAUCCAACACAACAUUUGUCAAGAAUAAUACCAAGAGUCAACCACAAGAACCGGAAGCUUUAUUCGGUGAUGAUGAUGUGGACCUGAAAGCCUUGGACGCGGACCCGGAUGAAAUCCUUGCGAUCGCAAAUAAAGCCAGAAAAAAGAAGGAUAUUCCAACCAUCAAUUAUGCAAAUUUAAAUCUUCCGCCAUUCCGCAAGAACUUUUAUACCGAACCAGCGGAGCUUGUGGAUAUGACUGAAGCUGAAAUAAACGACUUACGACUUGAGCUUGAUGGUAUUAAAGUAGCCGGUAAGGAUGUUCCCAAGCCCGUACAAAAGUGGUCUCAAUGUGGUCUUGAUGUGAAAUCCCUGGACGUUAUAAAGAAACUAGGAUAUGACAAGCCCACCUCCAUUCAGAUGCAAGCUAUUCCGGCAAUAAUGUCUGGCCGAGAUGUUAUUGGAGUAGCUAAGACAGGAUCGGGUAAAACCAUCGCCUUCUUGCUACCCAUGUUUCGUCAUAUUCGAGAUCAACGCCCAUUGAAAAAUUCUGAUGGACCUAUCGGUUUGAUCAUGACUCCUACGCGAGAAUUGGCAACACAGAUUCAUAAAGAGUGUAAGCCUUUCUUGAAGGCAAUGGGACUCCGUGCGGUCUGCGCAUAUGGGGGUGCCAUUAUCAAAGACCAAAUUGCCGAUCUCAAAAGGGGCGCAGAAAUAAUCGUUUGCACUCCUGGAAGAAUGAUUGAAUUAUUGGCGGCCAAUUCUGGUAGAGUUACAAAUCUUCAACGUGUCACAUAUGUUGUUCUAGAUGAAGCUGACCGUAUGUUUGAUAUGGGAUUUGAGCCCCAAGUCAUGAAGGUUUUCAAUAAUAUUCGACCUAACAGACAAACUAUUCUUUUCUCAGCUACCAUGCCUCGAAUCAUGGAUGCACUAGCUAAGAAGACGCUGCAGUCACCAGUAGAAAUUGUUGUUGGUGGAAGAAGUGUUGUUGCGCCCGAAAUCACACAAAUUGUUGAAGUCCGAGAGGAGAAAGAAAAGUUUCACAGACUUUUGGAGCUUCUUGGAGAGCUCUACAAUGCUGAUGAAGAUGCUCGAACACUCAUCUUUGUUGAUCGUCAAGAAAAAGCUGAUGACUUACUGAAGGACCUAAUGAGAAAAGGUUACCCAUGUAUGUCUAUUCAUGGAGGAAAGGAUCAAGUUGAUCGUGAUUCCACCAUUGAUGAUUUCAAAGCCGGCGUGGUUCCUAUUAUGAUUGCUACCUCAGUAGCUGCCAGAGGCCUUGAUGUCAAGCAGCUUAAGCUCGUUGUUAAUUUCGAUGCACCUAAUCAUCUAGAAGACUACGUUCACAGGGCUGGACGAACUGGCAGAGCUGGUAAUACUGGUACUGCUGUCACUUUUAUAACAGAAGAGCAAGAACAAUAUUCGGUAGGUAUUGCGAAAGCCCUUGAACAAUCUGGACAAGAAGUACCAGAAAGGCUUAAUGAGAUGAGGAAGUCAUACAAAGAUAAGGUCAAAAGUGGUGCUAAAAAAGAGAGUUCAGGUUUUGGUGGAAAGGGUCUGGAACGUUUUGAUGCUGAGCGCGAAGCUACCAAAGCUCGCGAACGCAAGAUACACAAGCUUAAUGGCGAUGACGAUGAAGAGGAGAAAGAAGAGAAAGAUGAUGACGUUCUUCUCAAAGCUGCAUCCGUGGUUCAACCCGCCUCUGCUUCUACUGCUCCACCUAAACUGCUUGGUGUACCUAAAGGUAUUGAUCUCGAUGGAGAUAUUAAAGUCCAUCGCACCGAAACUGCAGCCAGCUCUAGCGGAUCCAAAAAUCCGCUCGAUAAAGUCACGUCGGCCAUCGACGCCAUCAAUGCCCGUCUCAAUAAAACAGGACAACUCCGCUCUGGUGUCCCGAUUGAUAACAAAGGACCUGACGCAGGUGCUUUCCACGCCACGUUGGAAAUCAACGAUUUCCCACAGAAAGCUAGAUGGGCUGUUACGAAUCGCACGAAUGUGGCCAAAAUUCUAGAAGCGACGGGUACGAGUAUUACUACCAAAGGUAGUUUUUACCCGGCUGGAAAAGAGGUCCAGGCUGGUGGAGAUCCUAAACUGUAUAUUUUGGUCGAGGGUGAUACUGAGGUCGUGGUUACGAAUGCUAUGAGAGAGUUGAUGAGGUUGUUGAAGGAGGGAACGAUGGCGGCUGCUGAUGCGGAGGGAAGGGCUCCGGCCAGUGGGAGGUAUACUGUUACUUAG